AUGGAGUAUCAUGCAGCCACGAAAAGGAAAGAAGUACUGGUAUGUGCUACAGUAUGGAUGAACCUCAAAACCAUUAUGUCAACAUAUGAUUUAUUUCCUUUUUCCCCUGUCCUUCUGGCCUCUGCUGUGGCCCUACUUGGCAACAUCCUCUUCCUCCUGCUCAUCCAGGCCAACAGGCAACUGCACACCCCAAUGUAGUUUUUCCUCAGCCAGCUCUCCAUUAUGGAUCUGAUCAUGAUGGGCACAGUGGUGUCCAAGAUGGCAGCCAAUCUUCUGUCAGGCCGUAAAUUCAUCUCUUGGGGUGCCUGUGCCACUCAGAUCUUCCUAGUGGUCAUGGUCGGAGGAGCAGAGUGCUUCCUCUUGGCAGUCAUGCCCUAUGACCGGCAUGUGGCAGUCUGCCACCCUCUGCAGUACCCUGUGCUCAUGAACCGGAAGGCUUGCACUCUCCUGGCCCUGGCAUCCUGGAUGGGAGGGAUGUCUGAUAGUGUGAUUGAUGUGCUUGUGGUCUUCAGUUUCCCCUACUGUGGCUCUCUGGAGGUGGAUCACUUCUUCUGUGAGGUCCCUGCCCUGCUGCGUCUCUCCUGUGCUGACACCUCACUCUUUGAGGAUCUCAUCUAUGCUUGCUGUGUGGUCAUGCUGCUGCUGCCCCUUGUGGUCAUUGUGGCUUCCUAUACCCGGAUCCUCACAGCUGUCAUUAGGAUGCCCUCCACAGAAGGGAAACAGAAGGCUCUGACAACUUGCUCCGCCCACCUGGCUCUUUUGGGCCUAUACUAUGGAGGAGCCAUGUUUAUCUACAUGCAGUGGGCCUCCAGUAGGACACCAGUGGGAGACCAAGCAACCUCCAUUUUCUACACCAUCCUCACUCCAAUGUUCAACCCACUCAUUUACAGCCUGAGGAACAGGGAGGUAACAAGGGCCCUGAAGAAGGUGCUGGAGAGAUGGGGAGUGUAG